GGAACCUCUGUGCGUAGGUAGGUGCGCACACAGCGGUAUUUCCAGAAAUGGGCGGAACAACCCGGUUCACUGAAACAAUAUAAACUUUACAGCAAACUUUCCUUUUUAACCGCUACAGAAUAUGCUUUUCGGCGCGUCUCGUUAUGGGGGAGUAGAUCUAGAUGCCUGGUCCUGAAUGUAAUGGCCACACCUUCGAUAACGUGGAUUCUCUCCGUCUUGCUGUCAACUUUAACGAAUUGUUGUGCUGCAGCAGGUCCCUGUACUCCCCCCUCUGCCAAAUCUCAGAAGGUUGUUGUGAACACAGAAGAUAACAGUCCCCGCACUACCCCCUCUCCUCCUGAGUGCUAUAGACCAUGUGAGGAGAGACAGUGUUCACUUCAUAUACAGUGCAUUUGGGAUCCAAGGCCGGACCCUAACACCCCAACUAAGUACAGCCUGCACUGGGAGCCAGCAAAUAACGAGGAAGGGCAUUCAACUAGUAGAAACAGUUCAAACGGACUUAUUCUCCGUGAACAUUAUUUCAAUGAAGAACUUCAUGUUUGGGUUCAGGCUAGUAACCAGCAUGGUUCUGCCAAAUCUCAGAAGGUUGUUGUGAACACCCAAGAUAUCAUCAAGCCACCACCACCUAAAUUUUCAUCAAGCCAUCAGGACCCAUUAGAGAUUCACUGGAGUAAUGCCUGCAGUGAGCUAUUGGGCUCUUCUAUUGGACUCUGUCACAUUCGACAUCGGACCGAGGAAAACCAAGACUGGCUAGAGUGCACAGAAGAAUACUAUGGCAGCUAUACAAUUGAUGACCCCCAGCCCGGGACAGCCUAUGAAUUUCAAGUUCGGUGUUCUUGCCACAGAAGCUUGAUGAGUGACUGGAGUGAAAUCCACAGAAUAAAGAGUGCAGAGUUGGCCCCAGUUGGACAAGUGAAUGUAUGGAGGGACUGUGAAAUGUUCACCACAAGCUUUGACUGUUUUCUUACAUGGAAGAAUCUUUCUAUUUCUCAGGCACGUGGAGUCAUUCUGGGAUACAAUGUCAGCAUUUUGUACAAUAACGGCACUGUGGAGCUGAUGGAUCUUUCUACCACCAAUCAAAGCCGGCAGUUUGUGUGUGAUAAAAAAAAAAAAUGCCACCUCACCUCCUCUCUGAAGAACGCAUCAUCAGUCACUAUAUCAGCCUACAGUGCUCUUGGUGCAACAGUACCUUCUAACAUACUUAUGCCAACAACAGGUAUUGAAGAAAAGGAUAUUCACCUUGAUAUGAAUGAACGCAACCUCACCGUGUCCUGGGACACACUCACUCUUUCUGGCAACCUGACAGAAUAUGUGGUGCAAUACAAACAAGCAGGGUGUCCACCUAGCCAAGAGUUUGAUUGGCUCAAACUAAACAAAAGUCUGACAACAGCAUUUUUUCAAGGGCAAUUUAAAAAUCACACACCAUACCAAGUGUCACUGUUUGCUGUAUCACACAACGGUGAAGUCCAUCAGCUGUCAUCAGUUAUAGGAUAUUCUCAUCAAGGAGCUCCCUCCAAGGUACCAUUAUUUAAGGCGGCCUCUAUUGCCACUACAGAAGUGACUCUGUUUUGGGAGCCCAUUCCCCUCUGCAAUCAGACUGGGCUUAUCUUGUACUACCAAAUUGGAGUAAGCAAACAAAAAGUGUACAAUGUGAGUGCCUCCCCUCAGCAUGGAAACCAGACUUUUAAGCUACUGCACCUUACUCCAGGCCAGGAGUAUGAAGUGUGGAUAAAAGCAGUGACUGCAGUCGGGGCUGGAGCUAAUCAUACCAUAAGCUUCAAAACGAAGCACCAUGAAGAUUUUGCACGCUUAAUACCAGUCAUGACAGGAAUUUUUAUGCUGGUUAUUGUGAUUUGCCUUUAUGUGUUUUUUCUCAGCUCUUGCCAAGAAGAAAACAAAGUCUGUCCACUGUUGCCUUCUUUGUGUUUUUAUGAGAAAGUGCCAGAUCCCCGCAACAGCCGCAUCUUCAGGCAGAUGAAGCACCAGAUUAAUGAGCCAUUGGCUUGGCUUUGUAUCCCUAUAUUUGAACCACAUCACAAGAUCUCUCUGGUGGAAGUUGUGGAAAAGAAGUCACAGUCCUUUGAGUGUGACAAAUUAACUAAGCCAGUGGUGGGAGAUGGGUGCUCACAGAUGGACUUCCAAGAUGAUCAGAGGGAGACUGUUGUUGCAGGGGAGUGUGACAGGACAGACCACAGAUAUGGAAGAGAGGAGUACAGCAAAAUGCUUGACUCCGAUGAGGAGAGGGAUGUUUGUUGGAGCUCAUCAGAGGAAGAACCUUUUUCUUCAGGUUAUGAAAAACAUUUCAUGCCCACUGAUUUGGAAAUACUGGAGGUUUGAUGUUUCUGCAUUGGCUCAUGGAUAUUCAUCUGAGAUGUGUGUUGUUUCUUAUUGUGAAGGAAUAUACUAUAAAUGUGUAUAUGUACUUUCUUGAUGUGUUGUGAAUGGUAAUUCUUCUAAUACAUACAUUUUCAAUA